GAGCGGAGCUGGAUUGUGCGCAGCGGCGCAGUCAAACGCGCUGUGUGUUUCUCUGUCUCUCUCUCAGCCUCUACUCUGGGGAUACUGAGCUCCUUCCUGCAGCAUGGGUGCACAUGACAAGCGCUACCGUCUGUACAAUAACCUGAUCUUUUCAUAAGCAGUGGAAUUUGCGUCUCUUCUGCCACUUUGGAUGGCAUCUUGAGCGAGGAGGAGCCCCUGUGUGUGUGUAUGUGUGUGUGUGUGAGAGAGAGAGAGAGAGCAGAGCUUUUCAUCCUCCCAGUGCUUGGGUUUAUUUCUUUAGCUAGCUAAGGGAAUGAGAAAGCGCAGGUGUGCAGAAGGGUGAGUUUGAAGCUGCAUUUUGCUUUUGGGGAAAAAAAUAAAAUUAAAUUAAAAAACAACCCCCCCCCCCCCCCCCAAAAAAAAAAAACAAAACCCUGAGAUCAGAGAGAGAGAGAGAGAGAGACUUAGUGUAAUAAGAAGGACUGACUAAUAAAGUCGUGAAAUCAAAAGAAUAAGAAGGAACACUGCAAGCUGUGACAAGGGCCAGAGAGCAACAUCUGGAACAGCACCAACAUCUCCACAUCGCCACAUCUCACUGGAUCCUACGAGAAAUAUCUCAGGAAACAAAAAUGUCAUCGCAAACGAAAUACAAGAAGGACAAGGAGAUCAUUGGGGAAUAUGAAACACAAGUUAAAGAGAUCCGUAAUCAGCUGGUGGAGCAGUUUAAGUGUCUGGAGCAGCAGUCAGAAUCUCGGAUCCAGCUGCUGCAGGACCUGCAGGAGUUUUUCCGCCGCAAAGCCGAGAUUCAGCUGGAGUAUUCACGUAGCCUGGAGAAACUAGCUGAGAGGUUCUCAUCGAAGAUUCGCUCCUCCAGAGAACACCAGCAGUUCAAGAAAGACCAGCACCUCCUGUCUUCAGUCAACUGCUGGUACCUGGUUUUAAAUCAGACUCGCAGAGAAAGCCGAGACCAUGCCACACUCAAUGACAUCUACAUCAACAAUGUCAUCGUUCGCCUGGCGCAGAUCAGCGAGGAUGUCAUUCGCCUCUUUAAAAAGAGUAAAGAAAUUGGCAUUCAGAUGCAUGAGGAGUUGGUGAAAGUGACAAAUGAGCUGUACACGGUGAUGAAGACCUACCACAUGUACCACACAGAGAGCAUCAGCGCCGAGAGCAAGCUGAAGGACGCUGAGAAGCAGGAGGAGAAACAGUACAGCAAGUCCGGAGACCUGAACGUCAAUCUCCUGCGGCAUGAGGAGCGUGCCCAGCGCCGCAGCUCCGUCAGGAAGAUCGAGAAGAUGAAGGAGAAGAGACAAGCCAAGUAUUCAGAAAACAAGCUGAAAUGCACGAAAGCUCGCAACGACUAUUUAUUGAAUUUGGCAGCCACCAACGCCGUAGUGGCAAAAUAUUACAUUCACGAUGUCUCCGACAUGAUUGACUGCUGUGAUCUUGGUUAUCAUGCUAGCCUGGCACGCACGUUUAGGACUUAUCUCUCUGCGGAGUACAACCUGGAGACUUCUCGCCACGAAGGCCUGGACCUGAUUGAGAGCGCCGUGGACAACCUGGACUCCCGCAGUGACAAGCACAAGAUCAUGGACAUGUACAACCAGGUGUUCUGUCCUCCCAUGCGCUUCGAGUAUCUGCCUCACAUGGGAGAUGAGGUGUGCCAGGUGAGCGCUCAGCAGCCAGUCCAGACCGAGCUCCUGAUGCGCUACCAUCAGCUGCAGUCCCGCCUGGCUACACUAAAGAUCGAGAACGAGGAGGUGCGCAAGACCCUGGAUGCAACAAUGCAGACGCUUCAGGACAUGCUGACCGUGGAGGACUUUGACGUAUCUGAUGCCUUCCAGCACAGCCGAUCCACAGAGUCCAUUAAAUCAGUGGCAUCUGAAGGCUACAUGAGCAAACUGAACAUCGCAAAGAGACGCUCCAACCAGCAGGAGACCGAGCUCUUCUACUUCACAAAAUUUAAAGAGUAUCUGAACGGAAGCAACCUCAUCAUUAAACUGCAGGCCAAGCACGACCUCCUGAAGCAGACGUUGGGGGAAGGAGAAAGGGCUGAGUGUGGAACAACAAGACCCCCUACCCUACCCCCGAAACCACAGAAACUACGGAAACCCCGGCCACGCUCCAUCUAUAAUCAUAAGCUGUUUAAUGGAAAUAUGGAGACCUUCAUUAAGGAUUCAGGUCAGCCCAUUCCUCUUGUGGUGGAAAGCUGCAUUCGAUACAUCAAUCUAUACGGUCUGCAACAGCAAGGCAUAUUCCGAGUUCCUGGAUCUCAGGUGGAAGUCAACGACAUUAAAAAUUCAUUUGAGAGAGGUGAAGACCCGCUUAUCGACGAUCAGAGUGAUCAUGACAUAAACUCAGUGGCAGGGGUUCUGAAGCUGUACUUCAGAGGCUUGGAGAACCCACUCUUCCCUAAGGAGCGCUUCCUGGAUUUCAUCUCCACCAUUAAGCUGGAGUCAUCUGCUGAAAGAGUCCAUCACCUUCAGCAGAUCAUAGUCACUCUUCCACGUACCAUCAUCAUCGUCAUGAGAUACCUGUUUGCGUUCCUCAAUCAUCUGUCACAGUACAGCGAUGAGAACAUGAUGGAUCCCUACAACCUGGCCAUCUGCUUCGGCCCCACCCUGAUGCCCAUCCCGGAUGGCCAGGACCCUGUGGCCUGUCAGGCCCACGUCAACGAAGUCAUCAAGACCAUCAUCAUCCACAGUGAGGUCAUCUUCCCAAGUCACCGGGAACUUGAGGGCCCUGUAUAUGAGAAGUGCAUGACUGGAGGAGAGGAGUACUGUGAUAGCCCGCACAGUGAACCCGGCACCAUUGAUGAGGCGGACAAUGGAACUGAGCCACACACCAGUGAUGACGAGGUGGAGCAGAUAGAAGCAAUCGCUAAAUUUGACUACGUAGGGCGCACACCACGAGAGCUCUCCUUUAAGAAGGGAGCAUCGUUGCUGCUCUACCACAGAGCGUCAGAGGACUGGUGGGAAGGCAGACACAAUGGCGUGGACGGUCUCAUCCCUCAUCAGUACAUCGUAGUGCAGGACCUGGACGACGCCUUUUCUGAUAAUCUAAGCCAGAAGGCGGACAGUGAGGCGAGCAGUGGGCCUCUGCUAGAUGACAAAGCCUCGUCCAAAAAUGACAUCCAUUCACCGUGUGAGACAGCACCUGAGUAUAAUUUCAGUGCCGUGAUGGGCAGGGUGCGUUUGCGUUCGGAUGGUGCGGCUAUCCCACGACGCCGCAGCGCUACUGAUGGCCACAGUCCUCCACGUGGUCCUGACACACCUCCUCGCGCAGCCGCGUGUCCUAGCAGCCCACACAAAGCCAUGCUGAGCAGCAGGAGCCGCGUGGAGAGUCCUGAUAAGAGACGCCUGGGCACAUUUGGCAGCGCUGGCACGAUAAACUACCCUGAGAGAAAGGUGUAUGGAGAGGGCCAUCCACUGAGACCGAGCACUGGCACACGCCACAGCAGCUUGGGAGACCAUAAGAGCCUGGAGGCUGAGGCCUUAGCUGAGGAUAUAGAGAAGACGAUGAACACGGCUCUGCAUGAGCUACGUGAGCUUGAACGUCAGAACACAGCCAAGCAAGCCCCGGACGUGGUGCUGGACACACUGGAGCCAAUGAAAAACCCUGUAAGCUCGGAGCCGGCCAGUCCCUCACACACCAUCGCCAUCCGUGACCCCGAGGCGGCUCUGAGACGUGGAAGCAGCUCCUCCUCCAGUGCUACUGAGACCAUGAUGAUGAGCACGUUCAAACCAGCAUUGUGUGCCAGGCUGCCCAGUGCCCAGCUGCGACCUCCGGCUAUGAGGCCCACACGCCCCGUGCCCUCCCAACAGCAGCGCUCCAGCAGCUCUGGCUCGUCUGGAAUGGGCAGCCCUGCCAUCACUCCCACUGACAAGAGCUUUCCCAGUAGCCCCUCAUCUAACACAGCCGACAAACACGGAGGCAGCAUGUAGCUCCACCAGGAGUCAGGGUCACGGUUGGCUCUCCAAUUUGUAAUUCAGUCAGCCUUAUGAAGACCAAAUUGAAAGGAGAAAUGUUUCACAAUAUUUUUUUUUUUAUUUCAGCUAUAGAAUUUUGAAAUUCAGAAUGAGCUUCAGAACACUCCAGAAGUGAGCCAUGGUUACUAUGGCAACGAAGCACAGCAAGUCAUGAAGUUUACUUUUAUAGCACUCAGUUGGUAAAACAUAAGGUAUAAAAACAUAUUGGAAAAUAAGAACAGAUGUGUACCACAUACAGUAGGGUCUAAAAGAGUCCACUACUAAAAACUGAUUUUAUUUGUGUUAGUUAGAAUAAAUUUUUUUCGAUUACAUUUCUCAAACAAGAUUAUAAAGAAAGAAACUUUGCAAUUUACUGAAAACUAAAGCUAUGAUAAUGCAUAACUCUGAGGGCCAUAAUAAUUAAAUCAAUAUCAAGUGUAGAUGUAAAAAGUAUGUUAAUAAUAUGUGUUACCAUUUAAUUGAAAUAUAUGGCAUCAUAACGUCUUAAAAAUGAAACAAAUGGCAUGCAAACUGGAUAAUCAGUUAUAUUUCAGUUUAAUAUGAUGAACUUCCAAAUUAAAAAAAAAAUAAGAAAAGAAAAAACUUCCAAAUUAAAAAAAAAAAUGUAUUCUCGAGUAAUACAUAUUAACGAAGUGGAUUUUUGUAUUUGAUUUUAAUAGGUGGAGCAAAUACUAACAAUUUAGAAGUGGAGUCUGAGUUUUGGACCCUACAGUAUAUAUUAGUAUAUAAUAGAGGUGUGUGUGUGUGUGUGUGUGUGUGUGUGUGUGUGUAUAUGGACAUAAGUGUUUUUUCCUAGGAAAUAUACCACUCAUAUUGUUCAUGCAUGCUACAUCAGGGACAUGGAGAACCAAAACCAUGACAUAAAUCUCUCUAUGUCACUCGUGAUAAAAUUGAUGAACUGUUGUGAAUGUGUCAAUAUGAUAAAAAGAAAAUCGCACGUUGGCUUGAAGAUCUGAAGUUCAGUAUCAUGCUAGCUGAAUGCGAUAUAUCUGAUAGACCACGAAAAAAGGCAUUAUUAUUAUUGUUAUUAUUAUACACUCUCUUCAUAUCAGCAUUCUCGAAGGCCAACACUAGCUUACCCGCAAGUCAGCACGGUCAACGUAGCAAUGAAGUCACCUUCCAGCCGCUGUAGCGUUCAUUAGUAGCACAGGCUAACGACUGAGAAACUAAGAUUUCUGUCUCUAGACUCUUCUUCCACGCACGCUCACCGCAGCAUUUUUCACUUGUACUAGAGAAUUCAUUUCCCUGUGUAAUUUACUUCGUUACUUUUAAAAUCAACAUCGACAACUACACACAACAUAGCAACCUGGCAGCCAAAAUUCUCUCUAAAUCUUCCAUAUUUAACAAAGCAAACCCGGUGGCCAUGUUUGUUUACAAAUUGUCACAGUCGCUCGCUAGCACAGAAGUUUUACAUCUCUGACGUGUCUCUUUUCCCGUUUUUCGAUGUCCGUUGGUAGGCUUUUCUCUUGUAAAUAUGUGUGAAGAAUAUAUAAUGAAGUUCUGGUAGCCUUUCAGGUGUUCAACACGUCUUUCUCUUUCCCGGCAAACAAAGAAAUGCUUCUGCGCAGCAGAAAAGUUUUGUCAUUGGAUAUUCGCAUCAGCGCCGGCGUGUGACGUCGUGUUUGUCUUGACAACCAUGCAAUAUCGUAAGCCAUAUUCAACGCUCAUUCUCCAUUGGGUAGAGUGACGUAAUACACGUAGGAUAAGUGAUAUGAUAACAAUAUUGCAUGCUGUUAAAGCAAACGAAUGGAACCUACUAGAGAGGAAUAGAAGACAUGUUUUAUUCCAUCGAGAAAGUGUCCUGUAUGUAUAAUAAUUUCCAAUAUUUCAGUCCGAUGAUGUCACUCCCAGUGUUUUCCCACUGACUAGACGCGCGUUGUCAAAAUGGCGAACCGAUUCAGAAUUAUAAUUCUUUUGAUUAACUUGCCUAUUUUUUUUGUGUGGAUGUGUCCAUAAAGAACAUUCUACAGUGGCGCGAAGAUAUGAAGUUUAUCUUCUCCUGUUGAAAAUAUUUUCACUUGUUCGCUUCACUCACUCGUGAUAUAAAUAUUCACCACUUGAAGAUAAACUUCAUAUCUUCGCGCAACUGUGUAAUAUUAUAUACACACAUGUAUACACACACACACACACACACAAACGUAUAUCACUAUUUAUAUGUGUAUUUAAAUAUUGAUUGAUUAUAUAAACAUCUUAAUCAGAAAUAUUAAUGGUAAGUCACCCUCUUAGGCCAGUCAUACACAGUAGAGCAAUACUAAAGGAAAUUGCUGUUUGUUUCUCUCCGCACUGCUCGGCCAGAGGUGUUACUGAGGGGAUGGCGUUCUCUCUCAGGGGAGGGCCCAUAUAGCCCCUCCCCUAAAACCUGACUGUCACUCAAAGCAGCCUGUGACAUCAAGACGGCCCACACGGGUUGUUGUAAAUAGAGAUAUACUGUACUUGAAAUGUUAAUGCCUUUUGUUUUGUAGUAUAAGAGAUGUUCAGUUAAGUAACAACAUAGCCAAGCUGUAAACAUGUAUGAGAUGCAGAAACUGAAACCAAUAUCCAUUAUCAACUAAUUAUAAGAAACCUGUGGUAAAGAUAUAGUUUACUUUGUAUAUAAUUUUUAAGUAGUUUUUUUUUUUAAAUGUCAAACGUAUAUUUGGGGACAGAACAGGCAAGAAUAGCUGGCAUUUCACAAAAACCAGUCGCAACUAGCAAACAAAGAUUGUAUUCAUAACUAUGGGUACUUUGUGUUUGCUGUCUGAGCCAUUAAUUCUAAAUAUAUUCCACUUUAUUCUGUCUGCAUCAAAAAAAGCAUUUCUGAAACUCAUAAAUAUUAAACACACUUGGACCAAGCCAGUUAUUCCUAUUUAAGCAAUCCCAUCUUUUCAUGAGGAGCCUUCAGGUUCUUUGGGUGCACUUUUAUUAAAUGGUCCCUCAACAGGAUAUUUAAGGGUGCUUAGCUUCCUAAAAGGGUACUACUUCGAAACUCCUGUGACAGGGAAACCCUCUCUUGUUCAUACCAGGACAAUGAAGAACUCCUAAUCUUUUUUUUUUUUUUAAACUACACUCAUAAGGUGUAACUGUUGGUUUUCUUGAAUAACAGCUUAGUUCAGGAAACUGUUUCCACCUAAGAAUUAUAGUCAUCUUGAACAUAUCCAACAAAGACAUAUAUAAAUAUAGCUGUACCUUACAGGGACAAUGCGUAACCAUAUUUUCUCAGUGUUUGUAGUUGGUGCUGUAGCCUAUUGAUACGAGUGUUUAUAGAAAAAAUACAUCUAGGACGUGUGGGGGAAAAAGGUGACUCAAACAGAAAAAAACAUUUUGUACAACAUCUAGUUGAUAUAUUAAACUCUUACUCCUGUCGCAAACCUACGAACCACAUCUGGAUACAUUUGUAGACAUAUUGUAUAACUGUACACAUACAUACCCAGUUAAUCCUCAAUAACAUCAAUGUGUUCUUAUUUAUAUCAUUAUUAAUGUGAGUUGUUGUUUUCCCAAGACCGUGAAGGGCUUGAGUAUGCUAUAUUUCUCAGAUAUGGGGUUAUAUAGAGAUAUGGAGAGCCUUGGUAAUCCGAGAUUGAUAAUUCCCACCUCAGUACAAAGCAGAUCCUGCAGGGAACGUCUCACUUGCCCUCAUUGUGUCACAUCAAUUCCGGUUCAUCUUCAGCUGGUUUCCAGUUCUCCUCCUGCUCAGUGCACUUGGAGGAGGAAUUCUUACUCAGGCACAACGAUUGCCCGACUGAACCAGUCAUCCGCUUCAGUCAGUCUCUAAUCUCAUCUUCACUGCAGAUAAUCAAACAUCCAUGUUUUUUGCCUUCUUAUUUGCCGACUCUUGCCUGUUCUGCUCUAAUUGUCUAAUUGUAAAUGCUUGUAUAGUUGCAAGAAAAAUUCUGCUGGGAAAAAAAAAAGUACUGUUUCUGCACACUUUGCUUGGUUUGCAAUGUGAUGAUGUUUAGAGAGUGGAGCCCUUGUCUUAAUGUAUCAAGAGCACAGACAUCUUUAUCUGUCUCGUUAUUUAGGCUUUUGGUUCAAACAUGCACAGGCAUCUGUGUCUGAGUCUUAGCCCUGAUCAAUGCGCCAUUCUUUUAUGUUGCGUUACAGUGACUCGGCCCUUAUCUUACUGUCAACAUUUUAUACCCGGUUGUGUUGUCAAUCAGUAAUUAGUGGACACUCGCUAAUUACUGCUCGGCUAGCUCGGCCUCACCUUCUGCAUGGACUUUCAUUGCGCAUGUGAGAGUGACAGAUGUGCAUGUGCUUCUCUGAGACAAUGCAGUUGUGCCUUUCUCAGAUCUCCCACACAGUCCUUUAAAAGGAGACAAGGAGGGUUGUUCAUCAAUACUAACAUUGCGUUACUGUGACACUUCACACACUGAUUCAAACAUAUGAAAUAUGAUGUCAGGCCAGAUGAAGUGUUUUCCAGUUAAACAGUUGCACUGUGGCUGUUUUAAGGUUUCUGUGCCUUGAGGCGUGCCUCUGUAAGAAAGCGCUACUCACAAGAAAAACACGUGCCCCCUAACAAAACUGUUCUAAAUUAUACCUUUCCUUGACACUAGGAUGUUACAUUCAAGUGUGGUGCAUCUUUUGUACUUUUCUUUUGUCCCUAAUAUCUGGGAAGUUGCAUGUAGUGUACCUUUAAAGAUGUAUUCUCAAACUUACAAUGCAAUAGGGAUUUUUAAGCUUCAAUAAGCUUCAAGUAUGUGCAUAAAUGUACCAGUCAAAAGUUUGGACACCUUCUAAUUCAGUGUUUUUUCUUUAUUUUUAUUCAUUCAUAGUUAAGACCCUUCAUGUCUUCAAGUAAUGAUGGACUCUCAUUUCUUUUUACUUAGUUGAGCGGUUCAUGACAUAAUAUGGAUUACUACAGUUGUGGAAUAGGGCUAUUUACUGUAUUUCUAUUAUUUACUAUUUACUGUUUGAUCUCCGAUGCAUUAAGAAGGCAAGAACUUGCACUAAUUAACUUUUGAUGAGGCAUGGCUGUUAAUUGAAAAGCAUUCCAGGUGACUACCUCAUGAAGCUGGCUAAGGUAAUGCCAAUAGUGUGCAAAGCGUCAUCAAGAUAAACGAUGGCGACGUUGAAGAAUCUAAAAUAUGAAACGUUUUGGAGUUUUUUAACACUUUUUUUUUGUUUACCACAUAAUUCCUUAUAUGUUCCAUAUGUUAUUUCGUAGUUUGAUGUCUUCAGUAUUGUUCUACAAUGUUGCAAAAAAUUAGUCAAAAUACAGAAAAAUCUAUGAAUGAGUAGGGGUGUCUAAACUUUUGACUGGUACUGUAAAUAUAAAUAAAAGGAUGCUGUGGUGGUACAGUUUGUAUAGUUGCUGUCUCACAGAUCCAGAAUCCCUUGUCCAUGAGCUCGGGUUACUCUCUGUGUGGAGUUGUGCAUGUUUAUCCCGUGUUGCCGUAGGUUUCAUCUGGGUUCUCCAGUUUUCUCCCACCUCCAGAAAUCAUGCAUGAAGGUCGACUGGUUAUGCUAAAUUGCCUCUAGAUGUGACUAAGUGUAUGAAUGUGUGUGGCCAUGUCGCCCUGUGAAGGACUGGCAUCCCAUCCAUGCUUCAUUUCUCCUUCUUCUUCUUCUUCUUCUUCUUUCAGCUCCUCCCAUUAGGGGUCACCACAGCAGAUCUGUUCCGCAUAUUUGAUUUGGCAUAGGUUUUACACCGGAUGCCCUUCCUGACGCAACCCUCCCCAAUCUAUCCGGGCUUGGGACCUGCGCUAAGUAUGCACUGUCUUGUACAACCCCAGUGGCUGGGUAUUUUAUCUAAUCUGCAUGUCUUUGAACUGUGGGGGAAACUGGAACACCUGGAGGAAACCCAUGCUUCAUGCCUAGCUUCUGGAUAAUAAUACAGGUACAAAAGAUGUAGUCUUGAGGAUCUCUGUUCCAGUGAGGAAAGGUAUGGUUUAGUAUUGUUAUAUGAUGUUGUGGUGCUCUCAUGAGUAGUCAUUCAUCAGCUCCAGUUCCACCCUGACUGGUGAGUCCUCUGGUGUCUUUGUUUGGAAAGCCCGGACACUGUGUCUUUGGUCCUGCAGCAGGCCCUGCACUGCCCUCUGGAGGCCGGAAAGAGUUUCCUCUGUGCUCUUCAUCUCCCUCUACUGGAAAAUGCUGGAUUUAUGUGUUUAAUCAGAGCGCUGUCACAUGUGGAAUAAUGCAAUUUCUUUGUGCAGAAUAGAACAUUAAAUUAAAAUUAGCACUAAACAGUUGUGGAUCAUUACACUUAAUCACGCAAUGUAUCAUGUCUAAUGAAGAAAUGUAUACGGGCACACCGCCCUCCACCCUGACAUUCGUCAUAAUGUUAAUCGUUAAUGCUAAUCUGGUUGUUGAUGAUCUCAUCAAAAAACAUUGACCAUUAACAUUUACUCCAACUAUGAGCACAAACAGUACAUAUCCAAAUUGCCAUAAAGUAAACGACUGUAUGAUCUACAUGUAUACGUUAUGUGGCAAUUGUUUUUACUUACUUUUAACCAAUUUUGGAGCAUCAGUUUUAGUUGACUUGGAUAAACUGUUUUAAUUAUGAUCAAGGUUCUUGGAGUUUAUAUAUAAACUCAUUAUAAUUUGAACUGUCAGGGACAUCUGCUCAAAUCCUCAGCUAUCAGUAGACGGCUUGUAGCUCUGCACUGGAUUCUUUCAGAGUGCUUAUGAGUAGGAGCUGUUGAACUUGUUGCUAGAGAUUAAUGACAGAUGUAUGAAGGCUGCAGUCCAUAUCACACCAUACCGAGGUUUUAAUCAGCACCAUCUGUUUCUUACGUCUGUUCUAUAACUCCUGUCAUUCCCGUCUCCUCUCUGUAUGACCUGAGACUGUGCUGCACAAAAGCUUUGACUUUCUGCUCCUCGUAUAAUCCUUCUACCUAUCCUUUUAGCUAAUGCAUUGCAGUAUUUAAGGCCUAGUCAAAUCUUCUAUGGUACUUGCACGAUCACUGAGGCACUUGGUGCACUCCUGUCCAUUACAGACUGUAUGUGGAAGAUUUUUUUCCUCUCGGUUUACGAACGUAUGCUCUAAUGGGUAUAUAUUGUAUGUAUGCUUGAUUGUAUGUAUGCAAAGGUAACAGACUUCCUCCUUCUCUAGACUCAACAUUCAUAAAACCAAACUUGUGUCUGUCUAUACUAGUGGGUUGUGAAUAUUGACAUACUGUUUUUCGCCCUCCUAUUAACCCUUUUGUCUAAUGAUGCUGUUUGUUCAUGAGUGUUUGGAUGGUUGAUUCCUCCCUAUGAUGUAGGUUAAGUGUACACCAUGCCACUGUUUGGAUGUGAAGAAUUCUCAAGUCCAAAAUAAAAAGAAAUGACCUUUUUUUGACAUCUUA